UCUUCACACUUUGGACAAAGAUAUUUUGGGUUUGGAAGACAAGUGGAGACCCUUGUGUACGCAGCCCCCUCAGCCCAAAGGCCGGUACGACACAAUAUCUACCCUUUCCACGCGAGCCUCCCGCAGUUGCUCUGCUACAACCGUCGCUAGGAACCGUGUGAGCGAUACGAGCACUAGUAGAAAAAUCAUUAAAAGUGGCUUGUUAAAGGUUGCCCUUAUUUAACAAGGGCAUCUUUUGAUGACAAAAAAUAAACCAAACAAAAAAAUAUCUAAAAUCUCCCCUUCUAAUUUACUGGAAGCGCAUCUUUUGACGAGGUUUUACUUUUGUUGCUGCUUCCCUCUCACAAACCGCACUUCUUCUCUUCUUCUCCAUCUCCUUCUUCACUUCUCUGCUCUGCUCUGCUCACUCUUCCCUUUGCUCGACCUCGCAAUUCUCUCAACUCCACCGGCGAAGACCUCGACGAGAAGAACAACCACUACGCACCUCCUCACCGCCAAAUAUAAUCUACAUCCCCUUGAGUUUGUCUCCUCUGCCAAGCAUGAAGUUUCUCAUGAAGGUGAGACAGGAAAGGUUUCCCGAGCAAACUUUCGUGAUCGCGAAGGAAGAACUGUCCUUAUAAUGAGGCAUGGGAAGCAGAACACCACAUCUGGAGAAGGUAAUGUCCGUCACUUAGUCUAUUUGUUAGAGAAUGCCAUCCUCAACCUGCCCGAGGGCCAAGAACAGAUGGUGUGGCUGAUAGAUUAUACAGGCUUUUCAAUGAGCACUAGUUUAUCAGUCAGAACAUCCCGAGAUAUUAUCAAUAUUUUGCAGAAAAGACUUGGACUAGCAGUUCUUUACAACCCACCGAGGAUCUUUCAGGAAUUUUGGAGGGUUAGUAAAUUGCUUUAUAUGCACUUUAAUUGUCGUUUGUUGCUUCUCUAACAAGUAGUAAUAGCAUAAGCUGCUGGUUUUAAUUGAUGGUAGGGGGUGGAUUUUAUAGGUGGGUUGUUUAUUGUUAUGCUUGUUACAAUGCUACCUCAACUCAAUCAUUGGUUAUUCUUGCUUGUUUUUGUAGUUGGGGUUGUUUGUAAUCUAGUUCUAGGGCUUGGUUAUGGUCAACCCAGGUCAACUUUGGCCAAGUUAUUGCUGUCAGUCAGUCUGGUCUGGUGUUGGCUUUUUCUGUAGUUCAGGUCAUAGGGAUAUGGGUGGGUUUCCAGUUCAGGUCUGCUUGGUCAACUUGUCCUAAGUUGAAUUUUGAUGUUUUUGCUUUUCUUGCCGAGUUUUUGUUUUUUUCUCUCUGUUUUGUGCUUGUUUUGACAAAAGAGCAGCGAAUGCAGCACACAAACAUAGUUGAAAGCUUCAACAAGUGAUUAUCAGCAGAACAACAGUAUGGAUUGUUACAGCUUUUAAGUACUUCAUACGCUCCAAGUCUUCUUCGUUUACAACUUCUUCUGCUAAAGUAAUAAUUUGUAAAUUUUAAAUGCGAAUAUAUAGAAUGUGCAGUUGGAGGAAUAAUAGAUGUGCAAUAUUACACAGAUGCAACUAUUAUCAUCUUCCUAUACAAUAUAGCUCAGUAGCUUGAGUCAAGAGAUAGUUAAAAGAUGUGCAAUGAGAUUGGUCACAACAUUAUGUCCUAAAAUUUGGGAGAUGGAACCAGAACGAUACUUGAUUUGUCAAAAUCUUAGUUGGCUAGUUGGUGGACUUGCAUAUGGUUAGAUAAAGAUCAAGCACUAAUUAUGUCGAAAACAACCUUAAAUAUUUCCACAAGUUUACCAGCUACCUUCUCAAGAGCUUGCUAUUUAUACUUGGUA